UACUACAAACUCGGAGGUGCUCAGUUUAUGAGUGUCAUCCUUUCGAGCUCCAUACUUGGAGCGUUGGUGUCAAAGUUUGUGCUUCUCGAGGCCUCUCGUCAAAUAAAACAGCUACUCUAAUAUCCGGUGACAUGUCGACAUCAUACCUACUGAUCCUUUCUCUUCUCUGCAGCCUGUUUGGGUACCAGUGUCAUGGGGCCUGUGCAGAGGUGGACUCUGACACAGAGGCAGUGGCCGGCAGGGGCUUCAAACUGGGCUGCAUCUCCUGCAAGAGGAGGAGUGAGGUGGAUGGUCGCGCCACCAUUGAGUGGUACUUCAGGCCCAAAGGAGAGGCCGAUUUUGUUCAUAUCUACACCUACAACGAGGAUGGCCCCACCAUUGAACACGACCAGUUUUUGGACCGAUUGGACUGGAACGGCAGUAAGAGGAGCCACGACAUCCAAGAUGGGUCCAUAUACCUGCUCAACGUCACCUUCAACGACACAGGCACCUACAGCUGCUUCUUCAACCGCAUCCUCUUCUACGCUAACUACGAGUACAACACUGUUGUCACCAAGGUGGUCCACCUCAGUGUGGUGGCUAAAGCCACCAGAGGAACAGCUUCCAUCGUGUCCGAGGUCAUGAUGUACGUGUCCAUCAUCGGCCUUCAGGUCUGGCUCCUCAUAGAGAUGAUUUACUGCUACAGGAAAAUAUCAGCAGCCGGGGAAGAAGCAUUAAGAGAAGCAGCAAAUGCUGAAUAUUUAGCGAUAGCUUCGGAAAGUAAAGAUAACUGUGCGGGAGUGCAGGUCGGAGAAUAGCACAGGCUUCUUCCGUGGACUAAAAACAUCCUUCCACCCUCUGACCUGCAUGUAGACAACUUAGGAGAAAAGCUCCUCUUCAUCUCAAGUCUCUAUUUUACCUUUUCCUUGACAAAGACCACAAAUGGAUAUGACUUACAAAGACAGCAUGGUACCAGCACUGUAUAUAGUAUUCUGCGCGCAUGUCCUGCACUUACAUGAGAAAAACAUUAUGCAUUAAUGAGCCACAUUGUCAAAAGCAUAUACUGUACAUACAGUAUUUCUCUAAGUAUAUGUAGUCACACAUUUCUAUAAAAUGUUAAGUGGUACUAUGAUGGCCUGUUAAGACUCCAAGAGGCUGAUUGCGAAAGAAAGCUUUUUACUACAUCAUCGCCACCUAAUGU